AAUCUCCCAAAUUAACUAAAAUUCUAUUUUACCAUUUCAUAUUCAUUAAUCAUUACACGCUUAUAUAUUUAUAAGCUCUACACACCACUUACAAUUACUUAUAAAUUGCUAAUAAGAUCCUACACUAAGAAAACAAUUUCUCUUAUAUAGUACUUAUAGUACUAAUGUUGGAGUUUGUCACACACUCCCAAUAAUUUGUUUAGUGGACAUAAUAUUAAUGGAGAGGAAUAAGUUCAAUCAAACCUUUGUUAUAUAUAUAACUAACUAUAUGUAUAAAUAUAAAAACAAAUGUUGUAAUUAGUACCAUUGGAUUCUGAAAAGUGUGAACCCUUGUAUCAAAUUGGGGUUGCAAAAUCCAACCCAAGUUAUACCAAAAUCACAUUGGCCAUCCCUUGUUCUUUGUUGCAAUAUAUACUUUUUAUGUACUUUGCAUGUUCUUUGUAGCAGAAUGAAGAUAAGCAACAUUGAAUGAUUAGUAGUGGGGAGAAGGCUUUCUUUGUCUUCCAUGUUAAAUAACAAAGGGCCCACUUUUUCUUCUUCUUCUUCUUCAACAACUUUUUUUUGUGCUCUAACAAAAUUUACAUAAAUACAUGUCCUAAAACUUGUUCAUUUCAAAUAUUACUACUCAAUUGGGUCCAAUCCAAAUAUCCCAAUUACCCAAUACAAGACUAUAUAUAUAUUUUUUAUUUCUUAUUAAUAAGUAUGGAUUCUAACUCUUCAAGCUUUCUUCUUAACCCUUCAACUCUUCAAUCUGUUUAUUAUCAUCAUCAAGCUAAGGAGGGUCAUGAUGGUGUAAUUGAUCUUGGUCUUAGUUUGAGAACUUUGCAACCUGAGGCUUAUAAUCAUCAUCCCUCUGCUGCACAUUUAGUGAGCUUGGAGGGAUAUGAUGAUCUUUUAGAGUGGCCUCAAUCAAACUUGAACUUGAAAUGUUCAAACAUUAAUAAUACACAACAACCAAAUAAAAAUAAUUUCCAAGAAGAUUGUGAGGAAGAAGGGGAAGGAAUCCAAAGCAAAGAGAGGUGGGUUUAUGUGAAGGUUAACAUGGAUGGAGUCAUUGUUGGUAGAAAAGUUUGUAUACUUGAUCAUGGUAGCUACUCAAGCCUAGCACUUCAACUAGAGGACAUGUUUGGUAGACAAACAGUAUCUGGGUUAAGAUUAUUUCAAGAUAGAUCUGAAUUUACGUUAUUCUAUAAAGACAGAUAUGAGAAUUGGAGAAGUGUCGGUGAUAUCCCAUGGAAGGAAUUUGUAGAUUGUGUGAAACGGCUGAGGAUUGCAAGAAAGUGUUGUGGUGCUGAGCUUCUUACUUGAUUAUUUAAGUCUUUUUUUUUUUUAAUGUUAUAAUUAUUAGAGGAACUCUAACUUUAAUAUGGAAUUAAAAUUAAAUGUGACAGCUUUUUUUAGAAAAUGACAUUUGAAUUCAUUUGAAUUCAAUGUGGGCAGUAAGGUUAAACAACUUUGGUUUAAUUUGUGAAUGUCCAAGUUGAUCUAUAUCCUUUUCUAUAAUGUUAUUUAUGACCAAUUAAUGAAAAUGAACCAAUUUAUAAUGUUAUUUUUUUCUUCUAUUGUUUUUGUAAAAAAGACUUUUAUUAGGAUAGAGUGCCAAGAAAUAUUAGGAAUGUUUGGAAGACCAUUUUAUAAAAAGUAUCAAAACAAAAUUAUUAUGCAAAAAA